UACUCUAUAUUAUGUCUAUGCGUCUGAUGAUCUGACGCCACAUGCUGAUGACGUAGACGGUGCGUCGUCAUUCAGUAAAGCUCCAACUGUUAUUUCUCUCCAAAACUGUUUGGGUUUGYGGAGAAAAAUGAAAUGAUAGGUCCAGUUUCGGAACACAAUAUGGAGAACCGAACCAGAACCAAACCGGUGUUACACCGGCGUCCUAAGAUUUUUCUKUUUUAGCUCUUUACCAGCAGGGGGCGCAUCUGAUAUCCAGCUCUUCAUUCAGAAACCUUUGCGCGCCUUUCGGUGCUCCAUGGAAACGUCAGCUUUGUGGGAAACACGUGACCAUCAGCAGGAUUUUCUGCUGGUCUGACAUCAAUUGAUCAAAUCCAGAAUCUUCUGACUUCGGCACUUUUGGUUCUGACGGCAGAAAUUCCGAGUCUCUGCUGCGCCUCAAACGCAGCAACGCAACAACUUAGCUAGCCAAUCAGAGAGCAGUAGCAUGACCAGACCGGAAGAAGAGCUCUGAUCGAUCAUGAUCGAUGACCAACUCGUUUGACCGUAUUUACCAGGCCCAGGAUGGAGACCCAGUCAGAGUUUUUCUUCUGCAUCGGAGCAGCCACCGAGGUUCUGAAACUCGGUUCUUUUCAGCUGUCAGGAGAAAAAGUGCUGCUGCUCCUCAUCCCAGGAAACCCCGGGGUCGUGGGCUUCUAUGAGAGCUUCAUGCGGACGCUGCACUGCAUGCUGGGAAGGCCCGUCUGGGCCGUGAGCCACGCCGGCCACUGCGCUCCUCCGGACUCCAUGGACCUCGUAGAAGAUGGCGCGGCGGCGGCGCGGCAGGACGUGUUCGGACUGGACGGACAGAUCCGACACAAGCUGGCUUUCAUCCGGGACCGGGUCCCCAGAGGAACCCGAUUGGUUCUGGUGGGCCACUCCAUUGGCUGCUACAUGAUCCUGGAGAUGAUGAGGAGGAGCCCCGAGCUGGAGGUCCUGAAGGCCGUGCUGCUGUUCCCCACCAUUGAGCGGAUGGCCCAGAGCCCGCAGGGAAAGGUCAUGACCCCGGUGCUGUGCCAGCUGCGCUACCUGUUCUACCUGCCGCUCUUCCUGCUGUCGCUGCUGCCGCAGCGCGUCGCCGCCCUGCUGGUCCGCCUGCUGCUGCGCGGCGUGCCGGCGCUGGACCCCUGCGUACUGCGGCCGGUGCUGGACGUGCUCUCUGGAGACUGUGCAGUGAACUCCAUGUACCUGGGCGGCCAGGAAAUGAGGAUGGUUCAGGAAAGAGACAACGAUGCCAUCCAGAAGAACCUGGACAGGCUCAUUUUCUAUUAUGGCGCCACGGACCACUGGUGUCCGGUCAGCUACUUCCAGGACAUGAGGAGGGACUUCCCGCACGGAGACAUCCGGCUGUGUGAGCGAGGCGUCCGGCACGCCUUCGUCCUGGACGCGGGGCAGGAAGUGGGUCAGAUGGUGGCCGAGUGGGUCAGCGCCUCUCUGAGAGCCCAAAACCUGCCAGGCGAAGCUCAGGGCCAAACGCUCCAUCUGGAUGUUGAUGCCUGACCAACGAAGAUCGUCACUAAUGUGGCGAAUCAGGAUUCAGAUUGUYGUUUGGCUCAUGCAAUUAUUAAUAGAUUGAUCAAUAACUGAAUGAAUUAUUGAUCAAAUGAAUUCUGUGGUUUGGUUUUGGC